CCGGCCGGUUUGUAAUUGCAAUGGACGGACGAGAUUGAAAGGAACCUACCAGCAAAUCUGAACCGUUAGUUUUACCCUAGGACCUAGGUCUCCCGAGCUCGACUCUGUCACUGGAGUCCUCGAACUCGACUCGAUUCUCUCUGGCCGUCUCGCCUCGUCGUCUCCUCCACCACCCCGGGCUCGACUCUGUUGAUUAUGACCUCGUCGUCAACAAUGCCCAGACCAAUGAAGAGUAUCUUGAUGAAGCGAUGUUGAUUCCCAAAAAUACGUCAGUUGUAUUGUUACUGAUUCAGAGCGAAGGUGGAAGAUAAGGUGGAGUACACUGAACCAGAAAGGACUAGUCUUCCCACUCUGUCUGGAAAAGAGUGGCGCCAGAUUCUUGAGGGAUUCAUAAGAAUCAGAAAGGGACUGGUUGGAGAAGUUCUCUGCUAUGAUACAAUUUCCGUUGUCUUAAUUCCUCUCAAGAUUUUAAUUUUCGCAGACUCAUGCAUAUUUCUUCAAUCCUAGGAAAGUUGAUGUGAAUGGCGAUUCCACAUUUGCAUUUUCUGCAAUCUGUGAGAGUUUCUUCCCCUUGCCGCGUUUCCGUUUCUAACCGGUAUCACUAUGGUAGAAGCAAUUUCAGUAGAAAGAGCAGUUCUCUUGUUUAUGCUUCCUCCACCAGCAACUUUGACAGGGACCUCCAUCUGCAAUCAAAGGUUGAAACAGUGUUAGACAGUGUAAAAUGGGAUGAGAAAGGUUUGGCGGUUGCCAUAGCUCAAAAUGUUGACACAGGAGCCAUCUUGAUGCAAGGCUUUGCUAACAGGGAAGCAGUGGCUACGACAGUUUCCUCCCGGAAGGCUACAUUCUACAGUCGGUCGCGAUCAACAUUGUGGACAAAGGGAGAGACCUCCAAUAAUUUCAUUAAUGUUCAAGAAAUCUUCCUUGAUUGUGACCGAGACUCCAUAAUAUACCUUGGGAAGCCUGAUGGACCUACUUGCCACACAGGCUCAGAGACGUGCUAUUACACCCCAGUGCUUGAUUUGUUGAAACACCGACAGGAGGAAGAACAUAAAUUGGCAUUGACCACCUUGUACUCAUUAGAAUCGACAAUUGCCAAGCGAAAAGAAGAAUUAGAAGUUCCACAGGGUGGAAAGCCCUCGUGGACUCGGCGUCUACUAUCUGAUGAGAAGUUGUUGUGCUCAAAAAUCAGGGAAGAGGCGGAUGAGCUAUGCCGAACACUUGAGGAGAACGAAGACAGGCUGCGUGCUGCCUCAGAGAUGGCAGAUGUACUUUAUCAUGGCAUGGCUUUGCUGGCCUGUAAAGGCGUGAAAAUGGAAGAGGUUUUGGAAAUUCUUCGGCAUAGAUUUUCUCAGUCGGGUAUCGAGGAAAAGAGAAAUCGCAAGUCACAAGCGUAGACAUAGGCAGCUUAGCUUGUCAGGUUUAAUGAUAUGCUUUGAUCAAAUUUUCCUGUUCUUCUUAAUCGUUUUAUUCACCAGCUACUGUGGUCUCAAUUGCUAAAAGGCGUAUUUAUGAACGUUUAUUUGCAGCUAAUUUGAUUAGUGUGUGUUUUAAACUGA